UUUUCUAUAACCCUACAUACCAAAUUACCAAUAGAUGUUUGUCUAUAAAUAGUGAGGUAAGAAGACAGAUUAAUACUUAGAAGUAAGUCCGAGAGAAGAAAUGGAGAACAAUAAUUCUCAUGAUGAUCAAUAUGGUAGAAAAGUGAUGAAGGAUGUCUCUCUUCAUGAACUUAGAGAGAAACUUGUUGAAUUUUCUAGAGUUAGGGGUUGGGAUCAGUAUCACAGUCCUAGAAACCUUCUCCUAGCUCUGGUUGGAGAAGUGGGAGAACUAUCAGAGAUAUUUCAGUGGAAAGGUGAAGUUGCAAGGGGUUUACCUAACUGGACAUCAGAUGAUAAAGAACAUUUGGAGGAAGAACUUUCUGAUGUUUUACUCUAUUUGGUUCAGCUAGCUCAUGUUUGUGGACUUGAUUUAGGUCAAGCAGCACUUACUAAAAUUGUCAAAAAUGCUCAAAAAUACCCUGUUACUAAACCUACUUAAUUAAUUAAUUAUCACAAUAUUAAGCUACUGUUAUCUUAAAAUAUAGCUAUAGGUAUGUCUCAUCUCGAAAGUAAGACAAGUUAUUUAUUAUAAUGUAUCAAAAUUUUGAUUGACAUGCGAUCAA